CCUGUCUGUGAUUGAUUGCUUCAGCCUCUAUUUCAUGUCGGCUUGUUCACAUAAAGGAAAUUAUAUAUAAUAAAAAAGCUGUCUUGCUUUUGUUCUGCCCUUCUGAUUUCCCGGCGACAAGUCAGUUUCCUCAACUUUGGUCCCCGGAGACAUCACACACAUACACUGCUACCUUAAUCCUCACGAAGUUUUACUUCCCCAUUUUCUGCUUUUCCAUUUCUUUUUUGCUUGUCUGUGUUCUGUUCCUGGAGUUCAUGAUGCUCAUCAACAACAUGCUGCCUUGAAGCUGCAAAGUUCUGUUUUUUAGAUUUGGAAGUUCCAUUUUCUGGUGUUUGAGAUUCAGCACUGAGAUGUGAGCUUGAGUUCUUGGAUGCUGGUGGAGUAAAUUGCAGAAAGUGGAGGCUUUGUGUUGAGUUUGGAUUUUGUGUGAGGUUGAAGAGAAAAAUUGUUGCAUUUCUGGGAGAAAAGGGUGAACUUUUUUGUUGACUCUGCUCUCAAUGUUAUUGGAAUUUGUUAUUGUGGAAGACUUGGGGAACAAGGUUAAAUCUUGUUGCUAGAAAAAGACCAAAAGAGUUGAACUUUUUUGGGGCUAUCACUGUUUUAGAUCGUAAUGAAGGCUCCUCCCAAUGGCUACUUGCCUAAUUCUGGUGAAGGUGUGUGUUUUCUCAAGGAGAAAGGAAGAGCAUCAAUUCAGAGUUAUGGCAUGCUUGUGCUGGACCAUUGGUUUCUUUACCUCCGGUUGGAAGUCUUGUGGUUUACUUCCCUCAAGGACAUAGUGAGCAAGUUGCAGCUUCCAUGCAAAAGGAGGCUGAUUUUAUACCCAGUUACCCUAACCUUCCCUCCAAGUUGAUUUGCAUGCUUCACAAUGUUGCCUUGCAUGCUGAUCCUGAAACUGACGAGGUCUAUGCACAGAUGACCCUUCAACCAGUAAAUAAAUAUGACAAGGAAGCAAUGUUGGCAUCAGACAUGGGGCUCAAACAAAACAACCAACCUACUGAAUUCUUUUGCAAAACUCUUACAGCUAGUGACACUAGCACUCAUGGUGGAUUCUCUGUGCCUCGUAGAGCAGCUGAGAAAAUAUUUCCACCUCUGGAUUUUUCAAUGCAACCUCCGGCUCAAGAGAUUGUUGCCAAAGAUUUGCAUGACAAUACAUGGACAUUUAGACAUAUUUAUCGCGGACAACCAAAAAGGCAUCUAUUGACUACCGGUUGGAGUGUCUUCAUUAGCACGAAAAGGCUGUUUGCCGGAGAUUCUGUUCUUUUUGUAAGAGAUGAAAAACAGCAACUUCUUUUAGGCAUAAAGCGAGCUAAUAGACAGCAAACAGCUCUAUCUUCAUCAGUAAUAUCCAGUGACAGCAUGCAUAUUGGCAUUCUUGCUGCUGCAGCUCAUGCUGCUUCAAAUAACAGCCCUUUUACUAUAUUUUAUAAUCCAAGGACCAGCCCCUCUGAAUUUGUAAUUCCAUUGGCCAAGUAUAAUAAGUCCAUGUACUCUCAAGUUUCUCUUGGAAUGAGAUUCAGAAUGAUGUUUGAGACUGAGGAGUCAGGAGUGCGCAGAUAUAUGGGUACAGUCACUGGGAUCAGUGACUUGGAUCCUGCCCGCUGGAAAAGUUCACAGUGGCGAAAUCUUCAGGUUGGAUGGGAUGAAUCAACAGCUGGUGAGCGCCCAAGCAGAGUUUCUAUUUGGGAUAUUGAACCAGUUGUGACUCCUUUCUACAUUUGUCCACCUCCUUUUUUUAGGCCCAAGUACUCCAAGCAACCAGGAAUGCCAGAAGAUGAGUCUGAUAUAGAAAAUGCUUGCAAGAGGGCUAUGCCUUGGCUUGGGGAUGAACUUGGCAUGAAGGACGCCUCGAGUUCAAUCUUUCCUGGUUUGAGUUUAGUACAAUGGAUGAGCAUGCAGCAGAAUAAUCAGUUUUCUACCACACAAUCAGGAUUUUUACCUCCAUCUAUGUUGUCAUCAAAUACACUGCAUGGUAACCUUAACACUGAUGAUCCAUCCAAGCUAUUAAGCUUUCAAGCCCCUGCUCUCUCUACUCCAACAAGUCUUCAAUUUAGCAAACCUAAUUUACCAAACCAAGUCAAUCAAUUGCAACAGUCCCCAACUUCUUGGCCUCAGCAGCAGCAGAAGCUGCAGUCAUUGUUGCAAACACCAUUAAACCAGGUCCAGCAGCAGCAGAGGCAACAACAGCAGCCUGGGCCACAAAACCUGCCACAGCCACCGCAACAACAACAGCAACCGCAUCUGCCUCAACAGAGAGCACAACAAACACAACAACAACAGCAACAGCCGUUUCAACAUACGGUUAUGAAUAAUGGGGCAGUUGCUUCUAGCCAGAUUCCAAAUCAAGGUGUACAGCAACCAGUAACCUAUUCUCAGCUUCAGCAACAGCAAUUACUCUCAGGAAGUGUACCACCCCAACAAGGUUUCCAAUCAUCCGGUAAGAAUACAUUGCUAAUGACAUCCUUACCACAAGAGUCACAAUUUCAGCAACACAUAGACCAGCAAUCUACUCUCUUACAGAGGCAGCAGCAGCAGCAGCAGCAACAGCAACAGACACAGUUGCAACAAUCUCCAAUGCAGUUAUUACAACAAAGCCUGUUGCACAGGGCACCACAGCAGUCACAAAUGACUCAAAUGUCACUGCAAAACGCCUCAGAGCAACAACCACAGUUACAGUUACUACAAAAAUUGCAACAACAACAACAGCAGCAGCAGCAUCAACAACUCCUUUCUACAUCUAGCCCAAAUAUGCAGUCUCAGCUCCUGCAGCAACAAAAUGCUCACCAACAAAACCAGCAACUACCACAACUGCCUCUGUCACAGCACCAGCCUCAACAGCUCGGUAACAAUGCAUUCUCAAUGGAUAAGUUUCUUAACAACAACUUCUCUUCAGCUCCGAUGCAAUCACAGCAACUUCCUGGGAACCAAUCCCAGAACACACCGAAAUCACUGUCUAGAGCACCCUCUACUCUUUCAGAUGGAGAUGCACCAUCAUGCUCAACUUCUCCAUCUACUAAUACCUGUCAGAUAUCUCCUCCAAAUCUUCUGAGAAGAAAUCAACAAAUAACUGUCACAUUAGGGGUGACUUCAGUUGUUGAACCCACCAAUAAUCUGAUGGAGCUGCAGACUAAGUCUGACAUGCAGAUCAAACAUGAACUGCACAGUGCUAAAGGGCCUGACAAGCUAAAAUAUAAAGGAACAAUUGCUGAACAGAUGGAGACUUCUUCCGGAACAUCUUACUGUAUUGAUACUGGUAAUAUCCACCAGAACUUCCAACUUCCCAACUUCUGCAUGGAUGGGGAUGUCCAAUCACACCCAAGAAAUAAUCUACCAUUUGCAUCUCAUCUUGAUGGAUUAACACCAGAUACUUUUCUCUCAAGGGGGUAUGACUCUCAAAAAGAUCUUCAGAACUUGCUGUCUAAUUAUGGUGCUGCUCCAAGAGACAUUGAAACUGAGCUGUCCACUGCUGCUAUUAGCUCAGAGCUGUUUGGGAUGCCAAACAUGCCUUUUAAGCCCGGAUGCUCAAAUGAUAUUGCCAUGAAUGAUACUGGGGUUUUGAAUAAUGGCUUGUGGGCCAAUCAAACUCAACGAAUGCGAACAUAUACCAAGGUGCAAAAAUGUGGCUCUGUUGGAAGAUGUAUUGAUGUCACCCGCUAUAGUGGAUAUGAUGAACUCCGGCAGGAUUUGGCUCGAAUGUUUGGGAUUGAAGGGCAGCUAGAAGAUCCUCAAAGAACUGAAUGGAAACUGGUAUAUGUAGAUCAUGAAAACGACAUUCUUCUUGUCGGUGAUGACCCUUGGGAAGAAUUUGUGAGCUGUGUCCAGAGCAUAAAGAUACUGUCAUCUGCUGAGGUGCAGCAAAUGAGCUUGGAUGGGGAUUUAGGCCAUGUUCCAAUCCCCAAUCAGGCUUGUAGCGAGACGGAAAAUGGCAAUGCUUGGAGGGGACAGUAUGAUGAUAACUUCAAGUAGUUGACAUUUUUGAACAGUCAACUUGUACAUUAUUUUGGGAGAUGAAGUACUAACUUAACCCUUGAGAUUUCUUAUUGCUGCUUCUUUGUAUCACAAAAUUGAAAGGAAGCACAUUCAUUGCAAAAGAUGCAGUCGAUGGUGGAUUGUAGAAGAGGUUACUGCAUCUGGUUCUAUGUCAACAACACACUGCUUUUAAUGGUGAGAGAAGUUUAGAUCCUUAGAUGUACCAAAGACCAAGAUUCCUCUGCUACAAAUGUUAGAUCCUAAUUUAGAUUCUAUUUUCUUGUAGCUGCUAGUUCUUGGUGACAUUUCUUUUCUUUUUCUCCUUUUUGGCAAGCCUUAUGGGCCAGCUGGUGUAUAAUUAUGUGAUCGAUAAUUGUUCUUAUAUAUGUAAAGAAUGUGUAUUGCUUACACCUCUUUAAAUGUGUCCACUAAGUUAGGUGAGUUAGGCAACCAAGUGAUAUGUCAAUUUUAACUGUUGUACACAGUGCCUAAGCUGUUUCCAUUGUGGCAAUCAUGGUGCUGUUAUUAUAAAUGAAGAAAGCUCAGUUUACUUCC